ACUUAGACCCAAACGGGAACAUGAAAAGAGUACUCAUUUGAAAGGAAAUACUGCUCGGCACUGACUGAACAAGGGCUCUUUAUGCAAAACAUUGCCAAAAACAGAAAUAUCACGUGACCCACUCAAACAGCGAAAAGGGUUCGGCGAUCUUCGGCUGUUUCCGUCGAUGAAACAUCCGGAACUAUUUGUUAUCCCUAAUUUGUUGGUCCCCACAAACUCAGCUAGGGGUCACAUACCGUGUGAAGUAAAAAACCGCCAGGAAUUCCAUUCAUACGGGUAUAUAAAGCCGCGCUCUAGUAGUAGUUCAUUCAGAAAUCAUUCAGCAGCAGAACUGAGAGACAUAAAUCUCAAAGAUCAGAAACCCAGUUUAAAAGUCAAGUUGUGAAGAAGAGUUCGCAAGCCGUAACCAUGCAGUGUGAUAUUGGAAUGUUCCUGUCUACGCUCCUCGUGCUUGUCUUGCCGAGGUUCGUGCUCUCAGAUGUGGACUACACCGGAAGACGUUGUAAUCUUGAUACUAUGUCGUACGUGUGGAUGAGGGAGAGAUACGAGAGGCAAAGCCCCCCAGGGCAAUGUGGCAUGUGCUACUGUGACGACGACAAAGUAGAAGUUUGCAUGAGUUGUCCAAACAAACUGACUACUAUGGAAGACAGAAUUAACCUUUUGGAGGAGGACUGUUACCUCGCAGACGAGAAUGAAAUCGAGGCCUACCCAAAAUGCUGCAAGGAUACAAAAAUCUGCAGAUAUGGCGAAAACAGCAAAUAUUUUAACGAAGAAAGAUUUGAAGAAGAGAAGACGCUUUAUGGCGGUACCGCUGCUAUGAUGAGAUGGAUGAGGAAAAUGAAGAAACCCACCAAACCUCUUCUCCGUUACCGCUACCUGAAGAGGAAAAACGGACUCAAGCGCAGACGACCCGGGAAAUUUUUCGGCGGAAAAUACCCAAAGAGAUAUUACGCUAUCAGAAGAAGUAAAAUCGCUUCACUCCCAUCGUUAUAAACUCUAUUGUUUCGUAACCCACCUAAUAUCUCCUAUGUCUAGCUACCUCAAGGGCGAUCGUCUGCUGACUACUUGUAGCAGGCACGAGACUGUAGAUCUGACUGUAGAAGAUUUAACUCAACAUCCAGGGAAAUGACUUUGAAAUAAAAAACAAAGCCGGGUUGAGUGACAAGCCCUUGAUUCGAACUGAAGCCGAUUGUUCACGUCUGUUGACGGGGAAGACGUAACUCUCCUUUAGACAAUCUUCAAAUGUGGCAACUUUGGGAUUUAUGUGAUCAGUGACACGGCUUAUUUUCAUUUGACCAGUGCUUGGGAAGAGACAUUACCACGUAACAUUGACAAACUGACUUUAGUUAAAGUUGUCCCAGUUUUCCAAGCAAAGCACUAACCUCAAUGUUGUAAAUCUGUAUAUUUUGUUCUGUAAAUUUGUAAAUAUUUAACUUAAUUUAUUUUAAAAUGUACAUUCCAUCAUGCACGUGAUCUGACGUAUGUGCAAUACACUGUACAGUAUUAAGAAGCGGUAGAGCGUCUUAAAUCAUAGCUCUACUACCACGACAUAAACUAGAGCACUCUUUGUAGAAAAACGUCUGGAUUUAGUCAAAUUAACGGCUGUCUAAUAUGUCUAUUUAACUAUAAAUUGCUCUGUUUGCAAGGUUCGGACAUAUGUUAAGAAAACUAAAACAGCACAAUGUAUGAAUGUUUUGUGAAUUGAUGUUGUGAUUCCUGUAUCGAUGUGUGUGUGUGUGUGUCACUGGAGAUAUCGACUGAACAUAAAUUUUGUGAUGAAUAAAAUCAUUGAAAUUUAAACUGA